AUGAAGAAAGUUUUCACCUCCGAGCAGAUUUCCGCCUGGUUCACUUCGGGAGCCACGUUUGCCAAAAUUAACCUCACAGAGCAAGCGGCUGUGAAGAAGCUCGAAGAACCAGCGGCCGAGGAGAGCAGGCCAUCAGAGGUUCCUGAUGAGAGCAGCCUGGAGACUGUGGACUCCGGAGGGAGUCCCCAAAAACAGAAACCUGCUGGGAGUCCUGCUCCUCCUCCACUGGCCUACUAUGAGUACCCAAGUUUGCCCAUAACCAAAAACAGAAAGGAGCUGAUUUCCCUCAUAGAAAACCACUCUGUAGUGAUUAUUCGAGGAGCCACAGGCAGUGGCAAGACCACCCAGCUGCCACAGUACAUUCUGGACCACUACAAUGCCAAAAAUGCCUCGUGCAACAUCGUGGUCACCCAACCUCGCAAGAUUGGGGCUACCAGUGUUGCUCGAUGGGUUGCCAAACAGCGGAAGUGUACCCUGGGUAGUUUGGUGGGAUAUCAGGUUGGACUGGAGAAAAUGGCGACUGAGCACACGCGCCUCAUCUACAUGACGACAGGAGUGCUGCUGCAAAAACUGGUCUCUUCCAAGUGCCUCACAGAGUACUCGCACAUCUUCGUAGAUGAGGUUCACGAGCGGACUGAGGAGAUGGACUUUCUCUUACUGAUUUUGAAGAAACUCCUUCAUUCCAACUCUCGUUAUGUCAAGAUCAUCCUCAUGUCAGCCACCAUUAACUGCAGACAGUUUGCUGAUUACUUCGGAACCCUGAUUCGUGGCAAGAUGAACCCUGCCUAUGUGUUUGAAGUGGAAGGGGCACCGUUUGCCAUUAAGGAGUUCUAUCUGGAUGACCUACAAAACCUGUUACCAUAUAGGCUGUUAGAGUCCUGUCAUCAAGAUGACCCCAACAUCGCAGUAGAGAUGUACAAUCUUGCCAUCAGUCUCAUCCAGAGCUUUGACGAGGUGGAGGGCGAAGAUUCCUGCAAAGCUGACAAAGACAGUGGUGUAACUUUGUCUGAGAAAGGCAGUGUUCUGGUUUUCCUUCCUGGGUUUCACGAGAUAAGCUACAUGCAGGAGGCUUUGGCCAAGCUUGGCCUCCACAAAAGAUUGCAAGUUUAUCCUCUUCACUCCUCUGUGACUCUGGAGGAGCAGAACGGUGUGUUUCUGCCUCCUGUCCCUGGAUACAGGAAGGUCAUCCUUUCCACCAACAUUGCAGAGAGUUCGGUGACUGUAUCGGAUGUCAAAUAUGUCAUUGACUUCUGCCUUACCCGUCACCUGGUCUGUGACCAAGAAACCAAUUAUCAGUCUCUCCGUCUCACCUGGGCAUCCAAAACCAACUGUAACCAGCGUAGAGGUAGGGCAGGACGAGUGUCUAAGGGCUACUGUUAUCGUCUUAUCACCAAAGAGUUCUGGAAGAACGAGAUCCCAGAAUACAUGAUUCCUGAGAUGCUGCUUGCCCCCUUGGCCACUAUCAUGCUGAAAGUGAAGCUGCUGGAUAUGGGAGAUCCCCGCUCGGUCCUCUCCACAGCACUUUCACCCCCAAAUCUUGAUGACAUAGUAAGAACUGUGCUGCAACUCAAAGAGAUGGGCGCUCUGUCUGUGAAAAGUGACUGCAGGUCUCAGAACGAUGAUGGAGAGCUAACAUUCCUAGGUCGAGUGGUGGCCCACUUACCUGUGGACCUGUACCUGGGGAAGAUGAUUGUCCUCGGCCAUGUCUUUGGUUGCCUGGACGAUUGCCUCAUCAUAGCUGCCUCACACUCUCUGAAGAGUUUCUUUGCCAUACCGUCCAUGCAGCAGAUCGCCGGCCACAGGAGCAAGAUGGCCUUUGCCUCUGGAACACCAAGUGAUUCCAUAGGUUUUGUAAAUGCCUUCAAGGCAUGGCACUCUUCCAAAAAGACUGGACAACUGAGACACCCAAAGGACGAGCUGGAUUGGGGAAAAGAGAACUUCAUUCAGAUCAAACGGAUCAGGGAGGUUGCAGAGCUGUAUGAGGACCUGAAGAGACGUGUUUCCCAGUUCAACAUGCAUGUGCAGGACAGCAUUCAACCAUCAGACUAUACCAGCACAAACACGCAGAAGUUCCUUCUUCAGGUGAUUAUCGCUGGUGCCUACUACCCCAACUACUUCAUCCAGAAGGAACUAGAUGAAGACCUGGCCGCCAGAGAAUUAAGUGGCUUCAACCCCAGGACAACAGUCAUGAUGAGGAACAUGCCUCCAUACAGUUUCCUGUACUAUAAGCAGCUGCAGUCUCUGUUCCGCCUGUGUGGACAAGUCAAAACCAUCUGCUUUGAUAACACCAGAGCAUAUGUGGAGUUCUACAGGACAUCUCAAGACUCAGGGGUUCUGCCUGAAGUGUCCCUCGCUCUCGUCCUUUCCCAGCAGAGCUCUCCCAUGGAACUUUCUGUCUACCCCAUUGAACAAAUUGAAAAAUGUGCUGGUAACAGAAACCUAACCCACAUGAAAUAUUCACGAGUGAAUGUUGACUUCCAGAGCCAGUCCGUCUGCCCAGCGGGACUGUUGAGCAGCUCUAUUGAUCCAGACAAACUACCCCCAAGCCACUACUUUGUGGUCAACAUCACAGAGGUGGUGGAGGUGGGACAUUUCUGGGGCUUCCAGGCAGAUGAAGCCAGUUUAGAGAUGCAGCGCUGUCUGACAGCUGAGAUCAGCAAACACACACUGAAGCCUAUACCUGUGUCACUCUACCCCAACCUGAGUUGUCUGGCGCUUUACUCCGAGCUCAAUGAGCACAGUUCGUACUACCGUGCCAAGAUCCUGCACAUCCGUGGCAACACAGUGGAGGUUUUCUUCUUGGACUUUGGUAACACAGCAGUUGUUGCCUGCAGCAGCCUCAGAGAGCUCCCUCCUGAUAUUCUGACUUACCCUUUCCAGGCUCAUGAGUUUCAAGUUUCCGGGAUGCGUCCAUCAGCCCAGUCCAUCAUUCAUGGGAACCAGUGGAGCAGCCGAGCCCGCGAUCGCUUCCGCAACCUGGUAAAGGGCAAUUCUGUCAUCGUGUCAGUGUACUCCAUACUCCACAAUGUCAUGCGUGUUGAGCUGCUCAUCAACACAGAGACAACAACCACCAGUGUGGUAGACAUCUUGGUGGAGGAAGGACAUGCGGUCGAGGCUGAAGAGAGCUUCGAUUCCAAGGAAAACCACGAGGUGCUGAUGUCCCUGUACAAGGACAUGGAAACAGGGAAAUAUGUCCCUAACUCUGUCUGCAGCUCCUGGAAGGAUCGCAAGAAAGAGGAAAAGGAGCUCAUUGACGACCUUCUCGCUCACUUUUCCAAGAGCAACCUCUCCAUUUCCAAGAAAAGGGUUCAGGUGUAUGGACCAACCAGUCCUUACAAGUCAAGCUUCCAGAGCUCAAACCAAAAGACCUACUACAAGACGGUGUGUAUAGAGAGGAGCAGCAUCAACCUUCUGGCGCUGAAUGAAAACCCUCAUGACAAACAUCAGAGGAUGCUGGUGGCUGGAUCUGUGUCAGUCAACUCCUCAGGAACACGCAUUCUUCUAAGAGAUACCACCAUCAUGCCAGACAUCCCCGGACUGCCUUCACUCAUUACCUUGCUCUUCACCCCCAUCAUGGAGUUACGCACUAAUGAAGAGGGGACCUGCUACACCGGCAGCAUCUGUGGCCUCGGCUGCAACAGUCAAGCACAAGAAGGCAUCCUACCGGAGCAUGACAUCGAACUCGCCUUUGAUGUCAAGUUUGAUGUGGAGGACAUCACUGAGAUAAACGCCUUACGAGGUGCUAUUAACUCUCUGGUGUGUGAAGGGCCCAGUGGCACGCUGCAUCUGGGGCCUGACAGGACCAGCCACCUGCAGGAGGACUGUCGGGAGCGCCUCUUAAGUCUUUUCACCAAGUCGCCCCCCCGGGAAGCUGUCACUCCCAGAAUCUACGAGAAAGUGGAGAAAUGGAACCAGGUGGAGCCCUCGAUGAGGAUGAACAUCUUGGAGCCAGGAGGAAGAGGCUUUGUUUACCAGCUGCAUCCUGUGACUCUCCUCAAUUAA